AUGACAUCACGAACAACCAAUUAAAAUUGGCAAACAUGUGAUUUGCUGGUCCGAGCUGGAAAACUCGCCUUCUGUACAUCGAUAAUCACAUGUUUUGCACAGGAUGUCCUGACAGAGAACUCGUCAGAUCGCCGCGCCGAACAUCGCACGAUUCCGCUUACUUUGCAUUCGACGCACAUCAGCUGGUCUUCGCGCGAGUCCCGUCGCCUGGCCGGCCGUACGAGUUCGCCCGCCCGCCUCAAAACAACGAUUGCUGAGAAGAAGCUGGCGUAGUCCUGUAAUUGUACGGGUCUCCCACUGGCGACCAUUGUACUUUCUUAGUCAACCGAAAUUUUGCUGUCCGAGAAGGAUUGAGGAUGUCCCUGUCAACUGGUUCAAUCCCUUCAUUCAAGGAGCGACGUCCAUUCCACGCUCGCCAAAAGGAUGUGGCUGAGAUCAGGCGUCAACAACCUAACAAGGUCCCCGUAAUAAUCGAAAGAUAUGAUGGCGAGCGGAGCUUACCCUUGAUGGAUCGUUGCAAGUUUUUGGUGCCCGAUCAUAUCACUGUGGCCGAACUCAUGCACAUCGUCCGACGCAGACUGCAGCUUCAUCCUGAACAAGCUUUCUUCCUACUAGUCAAUGAGAAAUCUGUGGUAUCGAACUCCAUGACAAUGUCUCAGCUGUAUCAAACGGAUAGGGAUUUGGACGGAUUUCUCUACGUGGUUUAUACUAGCCAGCCUGCUUUUGGUUUUUCCGCGGCCUUGUCUACAGAUAUUACCAUAAAAGACAGCCAUUUACUCUGAAAGUUGCCUUUCACAUUCAUACUAAGGAUUCAAUCAUUUUUUGCAGUUACGCAAAUCCCCAAAAGUGCUGUUUUCGAUGUAUUUAGUUGUACAUACACUUCUAUCAGUAGUGUCAUCGACGUCUGAUUGUACAUAGUUGAUCUUUUCAGUAUCCACUGUAUGCUAUUUUGAAUCUGUCUUCUUGAAGCCAAUUUGAAUCUAUCACCUAUUUCCUUAACUUCCGUGUAUUCUGCUUGCUCUCAACGCAUUUGUUGCAGAUGUCGUCACCAAAAGUUUCAUGAUUUUUUUUGUACUGCUAGACAAUACAUAUUUAGAACCACAUGUUUUGCCUUGAGCUUAGUAAAACACUUUUACGAAAACCAUAGAUAAAGCGUUUGCAUGAGUUUACGAUCUGAUUGAC